UGGACACGUUGCCUGAUGGAGAAUGAAUUGCUGAAUGUACUGGUAGAAGGAAAUGCGAAGAAAUUUCUUUGGACUCUGGGGGCGACGAGGACCAAGCUUUUCAAAGGAAUCAGUAGUGAUGGGGAGGGGGUGCUCCAUAUUGCUGCUAGGACGGGCGAUAUGCAGCUAGUGAAAGCCAUCUUUGACAUAUUUGAAGUUGGAGACUUGCUAGCAAACAGCACAAAAGCCUUGGGUACGACUCAGAUGGAAAAAAACAGCACAGAAGCUUCCGGUGUGGACCAGUUGGAAAAAAACAGCACAAAAGCUUUGGGUGCGUCCCAGUUGGAAAAAACCAGCCUAGAAGCUUUGGCUCUGGCCCAGAUGGAAAAGAACCGAACAGAAGAUUUGGACAUGGCUCAGUUGAAAAAAAACAGCACAGAAGCUGACAAAGCAGCAAAUAAUGGCAAAUCGAUCCCAACAGAUAUAGAUUCGAAAAAAAAAUAUGAAAUAUGUGGUGUGGGAAGAGAGAAAAUCAUCCAGUUUGUAGACUUCCUGAUGACUCGAAAUUACAGUGGAGAGACGUGCUUGCACGAGGCGAUUAGGUGGGACCGUAAAGAACUUGUCACCUCACUGAUCUGGAUAAACCAACAAGUGUGCAAGGGUGACAUAACAAGGCCUUCACUGGUAAAGAUAGUGGAUUAUGGAGGCGUAUCUCCGCUCUACUUGGCUACCAUGUUAUGCAGAACUGACAUUGUUCUGAGCCUCACGAAGGAUGACCACAACGUCCUAGCAUCCUAUGCUGGCCCUGGAGGAAGGACAGCCUUGCAUGCCGCCAUUCUAUUGAAGAACAAAAAACUCAUCAAGCAGCUGCUCAAAUGGAAUUUAGAUCUCAAAAGUGAAAAAGACAAGUGUGGCAGCACCCCUCUUCACCUCUUGGCGUCGGUGGAAGGUCUAGAUGGAAUCACAGAGCUAUUAGUACCACGAUUCCCUGCUUACCACCCACACUCCAACGGCCCUUGUGAUUUUCUGAAAAAGGACUCCGACGGUAUGCUUCCCAUACAUGUCGCUGCCUCGAACGGAAGGCUUGAAAUGAUCAAGCGAUUGCUCAAGGCAUGCCAUCACUGCAUGUGUUCUCGCAAUGCCUCUGGCAGCAGCUUCCUUCACAUUGCUGUUGAGAAAAAAUGGCUUGGUGUGGUACGACAUGUAUGCAAGGAACAAACCUUGGACGGAAUUCUUAAUUUGCAGGAUCGGGAUGGAAACACAGCUCUGCAUCUGGCUGUGAAGAGCGGGCAUCAGCUCAUAUUCUGCAUCUUGAUGAGUAACCCUGGAGUUUGUUUGAAUUUGACAAACAAGGAGGGGCACACACCUCGAGAUCUUGCGAACUUGGGCAUCGAUCAUCAACUGAGACUGUUACAGAAUUCCCGGGUGUUGAUAUCUUUUCAUCUGUGGCUAGCCAGAGCUAAGUUUGGUACCUGUCGAAAGGAUAAACACAUGGCUGCGAAACUUGACAAGGAAAAUCUAUCAGACAAAAUGACCAAGUUCGCGGGACCUAUGGCUGUCUGUGCCAUUUUCAUGCUCAACAUAUCAGUUGCAGCCUUCUUCAGUAUUGCCAAGUCGUACUUACCCUCCGCUGAUCCAAAUGCUGCAGCUGGGGCUGUGAGCAAGUCAAAAAGUAAUGCGGCCCGUGCUUUUAAAGCUCUCAUUAUCUCCGACAUCAUUGCAUUUUCUUCAGCUGCGCUAACUGCCUACUGCGGCACAUUCGCCGGGUUAUCCCUUCUUGCGGUAUCGGCUAGAGAUGCUCUUACUGGUUCAAACGCUGGACAUCUGGCCGAGGACGACCUCGAGGUGGCCUUGUCCGACGAGCUCCUGGGGAACAAGAUGGCCGGGGUCGAGCGGAUGCUCGCGUCGUCGCCCGCCACCGGCAGCAAGCGCCAGCGCCUCAAGAACAGCAUCGUGUUGCUUCAGCAGUCCAAGGAGGCCGUGGCUGACAUCAUGGACAGGAUUAGCGCUGCAGGGGAAGUGUAG